AUGGGCUAUUUGCAUAAAUCAGUAUCAUUCUUAUUAUUUUUCGUGAUUUUUAAAAUAACCAUAGUUGAAAACAUAAAAAAUAAAUCAUUUCUUUAUGUAAAAACAUAUUAUUUUUCUGAGUAUCAAAAUAAUAAGCAUUUAUUUCCAUUUAGACAAAAAAAUAAUAACAGCAAUAAAUAUCCUUCAUAUUUAACUGAUAAAAAUAAUCAAAUAUUUAAUAAUAUUUCUUUAAAUAAAAAGACAUAUGAUGAAACAUAUGAGAUAAUUUGUAACGAAUUAGAAUUGUUAAAGAAAGAAAACAGUGACAAUAUAAGCCACAUUCAAACAUUUUUGGGAUUUAUAGAAAAAUAUUAUCACGAAAUUAAAAAGCAUAAUUCUUGUUCGCCUGAAAUUUUUUUAAAAUUGUUUUUAAAAUAUAUUGAAACAUUUAAAAAAUAUAGAUAUUAUUCUUUUCAUAAUGUACAUAAAUAUGAUGAAAGCUUAUAUGAAUGGUCAUUAGAAUUUUGGUUACCAUUAAUAGACCAAAAAAAUUCUCGAUUUUUGGGAACUAACAAUAUUAAAAAAAUUAAUAAUUGGAUAGAACAAGGACACAAUGUAUUUAUAUUUAGUAAUCAUCAUAUUGAAGCUGAUGCAAAUAUAAUAAAAUAUUAUUUCCAUAUUAACAAUGCUGAAAAUAUAUCAAGAAAUAUGGUAUUCAUUGGCGGUCAUAAAAUUAGAGUCGAUCCUCUGUCACGCCCGUUCACUGUUUCUGCUAAUAUAUUGUGUAUUUAUUCAAAAAAAUAUAUUGAAUAUCCGCCUCAUUUAAAAGAAGAAAAAAUAUUAUUCAAUCAUAAAUCACUUAACGCUUUAAAAAAUAUGUUAAGUUUAGGGAAAACUAUUAUAUGGGUAGCACCAAGUGGAGGGAGAGAUAGGAAAAGCCAAGAUAAUGAAAUUCAAAUUUCCCCAUUUGAUCCUAAAAUCAUAAAAACAUUUAAUAUAUUUGCAAAAAGAUCAAAUGUAAAAACUCAUUUUGUGGGAAUGGCUUUAAACACCUAUAACAUUUGCCCACCACCAAACACAAUUGAUAUUGACGAAAUUGAAAAAGAAAGAUCAUGCUCAUACUCUCCAGUUGGACUGAAUUUAGGAGAUGAUAUUUUUGAUAUUUAUCCGCAAAUGGGCGAAAAUGAAAUAACGUACAAAAUUUAUGACUAUGUUAAUGAUCUAUAUAAGAAGAUAUAA